AUGACUCUGGAAAAUGCGCCGACCACUCCGGCACCAACACCUGCCGCCAACGCGACGUACAUCAACGUCACCACUCCUCGUGACCCUGGUGUUUUCUCUGGCGAUCACCCUGCGCCGCCUCCCAUUCGCCUAACCGCCGCAGACUUCGUUCGCUUACCACCUACAGCUCUGACCUACAUUGACUUGGUACCAUCCUCACCAGUGCCCGACGGGGUGUACAUUGCGACUCCUGUCAAGGAUGUUCUUCUCUACCAGGUGGUCAACUUUGGCUUGACAAUGCAAGUGCUGCCACAAGGGACAUCCUUGGCACAUAUCAGCGCCUUCGACGAUCUCUGGAUAGCAUCAGUUACCUUGGAGGAUGGUACUACCGAGCACACCGACCACUCGCAGUCCGCCGCGUCUGUUCUCGACGACCUGAAGAGAAUGAUUGCGCCAGAUCUACCCCCAAAGAAUGCUGACGACCUCUACCGGUGUUUGUUAUGUGUGCGAUAUCUGCGAAAACUACUGCAGCUUGCAGGUGAUGUAGAACAAAACCCGGGCCCUCUGACUUCUGAGCAAGAAAAACAAAUGUUCAGCGCUGUCAUGGCAAUUCCCACGGUGCUACAAAAGCAGACGGAAAUUCUUGGGGAACUUCGUUCCGUCGCGUCACGGCAAGAAGCACUCGAGCAAAAGUGUUCGCAGAUAGAGGAGAAAUUGAACGUCUUUGAGGACAAAUUGCUAUCGGUGCUUCCCUUAAAAGAUAAGGUGAUGCAGUUAGCUUCGGAGACCGACAAUCUUGCUGCCACGUUUUCGAAGCUGCAAGAAUUGGAAGAUGAUAUGGAAAAUAGAUCUCGAAGAAACAACCUUAUCUUCUUUGGCUUUCAAGAUGCAGCUGGUGAGACGUGGCAGGAUUCGGAGACUAAGGUACUUGCCUUUUGCGAAGAAAAAUUAAACGUCUCAAUUUCGGCUGAUGCGGUUGAGAGGGCCCACAGGCUCGGUCGCUUCACGGCAACAAAAAACAGGCCUAUUAUAGUUCAGCUUCUGUCGUUUAACGAAAAGCAGCGCGUUUUAUCAGCUACUUCGAGCUUGAAAGGUACAAGCAUUGCUAUUAGCGAGGACUAUAGCAACAAAGUUCGACAAGAGAGGCGAAAACUAAUUCAAUUUGCGAAGAGUAAGGGAGGGGACUUCAGGCAAUCGCAUAACAAACUAAAGAUCGGCAAGGAAACCUUUGUCUAUAAUGCUGAAACAGACAGCGUGACUAAAACUAAGCCAUAG